UAUGUACCACUAGGUUUCCCAUCUCAGUUUCCUCUUAGGAUAUCCCCCUUUUAUCCAUUCUUUUAAUUUAAGCCAAAACCAGAUGCUCUUUCUUAGGAUGUACCUAAUCGCCAUCACCAAAACCAGAGAUACUUUCCCAUAAACAGUGAAACCUUGCGCCAUCACGAUAUCCAUAUAAUGUCAGACCUGCUUUCUCAAUUAAUCUACUUCACCUUUAUUCUCCUAACCUUCCUUGCUGCUUCCUAGUCCAAUUAAUUAUUGAUUAUCUUCCUUAGGCUAAUCAUUUGCUCGCCCUCAGUUAUCUAUAUGACCAUAUUUCCAUUGCAUUAGAUCACUCACCAUAUCUGUCGUUCUUUGUGAUGGAUUAUCAGCCAAAUACCUCCCUUCGUUUAAGUCAACCCAAAAAUCAACCAAGCCUAGAUCUUGCACUUGAAACUUCUUCUUCUUCCUCCUCAUCUCCCCACAGUCCAUCCGAACCCCGGGUUUUCUCUUGUAAUUUUUGCCAAAGGAAGUUCUAUAGUUCUCAGGCGCUAGGAGGGCACCAAAAUGCUCACAAGUUAGAGAGAAAUCUGGUCAAGAAAAGCAGGGAGCUAAGUUCGGCUAUACGGGCUCACGGGGGGUCUGGUCCAGGAAGGGGAUCCAGCAGCAUCAGUGGUUCGAGCCAUGUUCACGGCCGCAUACAACCACCUCAUCUUGCAACCUAUCAACAAGGCCAUGCAAGCAGGUUCAGUGGUGAAAUGGGGAAUGGCAGAAGAGAUGUGAAUUAUGGCUCUAGUCAAGAGAUGGAUUCUUGGUCCAAUGGACACAUACCUGAAAAUAUUCAGGAUGAGUUUAGUCAGCUUGACUUGUCGUUAAGGCUUUAAAUUGCCCCUUUUUCAAUUUAAUUUCAUUUUCUUAAAUUAAUUUUCAUUUAAAAC